AUGAAGGAUCAUGAAGCAAAGAUGCCUAGAAUGGAGGAUAUAUUAAGCCUUCCUGUGCAAGAUCCUCCAUAUGCAGAGUUUUCUGCUGCUCAUCUAAAUUGGGUGAAAGUAGAAGGUGGUCGUCAAGGUGGUGAUGAUAUUGCACUAAUUCCUUUUGCUAGAGUGGAUGAUUUUGUCAAAGGAGAAUCCAGUAACGCAGAAUGUCCAGCUCGUUUCCGAGUUGAAUCGAGAAGGAAGAGGCUUGAAGGGAGUCUCAACAAACCAAGGGUUGACGGAUAUCUUGAAUAUACACUGUAUUGGUGCUCUUAUGGUCCUGAAGACUACAGGGACAGCGAAUCUGGUAUUGGAGAGAACUCAAGCAUUAAACCUGCAUCUGGUAAGGGAAGUAGGCCUGGGAGACGACACAUGAUGAGGGGAUGUCUUUGCCAUUUUACUGUUAAACGCUUAUACAACCGUCCACUCCUUGCCCUUAUAAUCUUCAAUCAGAGAAAUCAUGUGGACAAAACAGGAGCACCAUGUCAUGGAGUACUAGAUCAGGAAGCUGUAGGGACAAGAGCAAUGUAUGCUCCUCGUAUUUCCGAGGAACUACGUCAAAAAGUGAUGUCCAUGCUUCAUGUUGGAAUAUCUUUGGACAUGAUAAUCCAACAUCACAUGGAACAGGUGCAGAGGCAUGGAGGACCCCACAACAGGGAUGAUUUUCUGACUCGUAAUGAUGUGCGUAAUAUGGAAAGGAUUAUACACAAAUUGUCCCAUGAAUUACAUGCCAAUGACAAAUGCAGUGUAAUGAUAUGGGUGCAACGCCACCAUAAGCACGUUUUUCAUUUCCAAGAGAACUCCGGUUCUGAACCUCUUAUAUUAGGGAUACAGUCAGAUUGGCAGCUUCAGAAGAUGCUUCGUUAUGGACAUAAUGCAUCCAUUGCUUUUCAUUCAGCAUAUAACUCUAAAAAAUUUGAGUUUGCUUUGUGCUCCCUGCUUGUAUUUGACUCUUCCCAGAAUCCAAUUCCGAUUGCCUGGGUCAUUACCUCAAGUUCGCCUGGUCCAAGUACUUACAAAUGGAUGUUGACUCUCGUUGAAAGAAUUCAUCAGAAGGACCCAAGGUGGAGACCUUGUGCAAUUCUAGUGGAUGAUCCUUCUGUCGAGGCUUCAGUUAUAAGAGAGGCCUUCCAAUGCCGCGUUUUAUUAUCCCUUUGGCACGUGCGUCGCUGUUGGUUGAAAAGCCUUUUGAAGAAUUGCAGCAAUUUUGAUGUGCAGAGGGAGAUGUUUAAGCACGUGGGCAGGAUUUUGUACAGCUCAAAAAGUGGGCAAAAUGUGGUUGAUGCAGCUGAAGAGUUCAUGCAAAUAUAUGUCGAUCAGCGUGCAUUUCUAGAACACUUUAGAUACAAAUGGUUGCCAAAGAUAGAAUUGUGGGUCAAUUGUGUCAGAACUCUCCCAGUGGCAAAUCAAGAGCCAUAUGCUUCAAUAGAAGUAUAUCACUUAAGAUUGAAAUCCAAAGUUCUUAAUCUGCUAUAUGCAAAUUCUCAUCAGAGACUUGACUUCUUGAUCCACACAUUAACAACUCAAUUUCACUCCUUGUAUUGGUUUGACCAAUAUAUUGCAGAGACUGGACAUUUUGAAUAUCUGAGGGAUAGGUAUGUCUCGACCAACUCUUGGUAUCAGGCUGUGCACAUCCCUGACGUGGAUGUACUACUACACGAAGAAAAUCUCGAGUUUGCAAAGGUUGUUUCUCAGGCAGACAGUACUGUGGAAUAUACAAUUUGGAACCCAGGUUCGGAGUUUGCACUCUGUGAUUGCUCAUGGUCAAGGUUGGGUAAUAUUUGCAAGCAUGUGAUUAAAGUUGCAAUAUUCUGUAGAAGUCGACAGGUAGCAAGGCCAUUAUUGGCUGCUCAAGUUUAUAGGCAGGUUUUGCUUAGCCUCCUAGAAAAUAUGCCAGAUGAUCCUCUGGUUCUUGAACAUGCCAUAUCGCAUGUCACGCGGUUGCAACAGGACAUCAAAAGCUUGGAGGAAUUGUCAAAUAGUGGAUUAUUACAGCCAUUACCUACUGAUACAAACUUCCAAAUGCUGGAUAAUCUCCAGCCUUUUCCACGUUUUCAUUAA